AUGAGUAGAUUUUCGAUUGUGGACUCUCGAAUAGGAGACCUUGAUAAAAGUUUGAUAGAGUUUCUCAUAAAUGGGCUACCCCAAGUACAAGCUGGAAGAGGAGUAGGCAGCGUGGUAGCUGGAGUAGCCUUAGUAGCUUCAACAGGAGUACUCCUUACAAGCGCUGUUAAGAAAUCUUUGUCCUCUGAUCAUCAUAAUACGUCCUCACAGAAAUUGACGACGAAUGAUGCUCUUACGUUCCUCAAAGAAGUGAAGGAGACGUUUCGAGAUGAAAUAAUAAGAGAAAUGUUUUAUUAUCUGUUUUUUGAGGAUGUCAUGAAGAUUUUCAAGUCUCAAAGAUUUGACAGGACAGAUGUCAUUGCCGUAGUAGAGGGUUUGUUUAAAGAAGUGAAGGAUACGUUUCAAGACCAAAGAGGAAAUAAGUAUGUUAUGUUUCUUGAGGUCAUGAAGGAUUUCAAGGAUCAAAGAACCGACACGACAGGAGUCAUUGCAAGAGUAAAGGAAUUGUUUAAAGGGCAUACCAAGUUGAUUUUGGGGUUUAAUACCUUUUUGCCUAAGGGUUAUGAGAUGACUCUUGAUCAUGAGGAAGUGGAACCAUUCGAAGAUACUUCCAAUCUUGUAAACAUGAUCGAGAAUCAUUUACAAAAUGAUAAGCAAGUACGCAAGUCAUUCUUCAACAUACUGAAUGUUAAGAAGAAUCGCAAGAAGUUAACUGAGGUUUACGUGGAGGUAAAUUUGAUUGUUUAA